AUGAACCGUCCGCCCCGCCCGUUGCGGACGCUGCGAGUCAAGUCCAGCACAUAUCCUAGGCCGAGACGUGUGAGCAAUACGGGCACUUCUCGAUCCCCGGUCGUCAGUACGCCGUCGACAGCUUCUAUAAACAACUGCCUGCAGCCGUCGUCGGAGAAGCGAACAACGGAGUCACCGCUGGCAGUGCUCCCCCUUUCUACGGUUCUCCGAUCCCUGUUGAUCCUCUCGAUUUCCUCAUCUCCUAUUCUCUUGAAGCCAUGCAUCCGAGCAUUGUCUGCCCUAGCCCAUCCCAAGACUCCGGUUUUAGAUGUGGCGAAAAACCCAGCGCUCAACUGGAUCAUUAAGAACACGAUUUAUAAGCAGUUCAAUGCCGGUGAGAACAAAGUUGAGGUUCAGAGGUCCAUCCAGGAAAUGAAGAGUUUAGGAUACAGAGGAGUCCUUUUGGGAUACGCUCGUGAAGUUCUAGCUGGAGAGAAUGGCGGUAAUCUCGUGGACGAAAAGGCUGCUCGAGAAGAGGUGGAUACAUGGCUGCAGGGAACAUUGCAGACUGUUGAUAUGGCUCAGGAAGGAGACUUUGUCGCGCUAAAGUUUACCGGUAUGGGAAAUCAGGCUUUGAGCCUGCUUCGGCAGAAAUUACCUCCUUCGGAAUACAUGGACGAAGCCAUCCGCUCUGUUUGCGAUUCCGCCAUUGCCCGUGGUGCGCGCUUGCUUGUCGACGCUGAGGAGCAGGCCGUUCAGCCUGGUAUCGAGGAAUGGAUCAUGACUUAUCAGAAAUACAUCAACUUAAAGACCCCUGGUCGGGCAACUCUAUACGGCACAUACCAAGCCUACCUGCGGUCUACACCCGCCACUAUUGCUAGGCACCUAGAGAUUGCUCGUCAGGAAGGCUACACGCUGGGUGUAAAGCUAGUGCGUGGAGCAUACUUGAAGACCGAACCUCGUCACUUGAUCUGGGCUGAAAAGGAAGAAACUGACCGCUGCUACGAUGGUAUCGUCGAGGCUCUGUUGGCCCGACGAUACAACGAUGUCCUGAAGCCUGCUUCCGAUGAGCACACUGUCAAACUACCCCCUGUUAAUGUUAUCAUCGCUACCCACAACCAGGACUCCGUCCGAAAGGCUCACUCCAUCCGCCUGCAGCAGGCCGCACGCAGCGAGCCUCGCGUGGAACUCGCCUAUGCUCAGCUGCAGGGUAUGGCAGACGAAGUCAGCUGUGAGCUUCUCCAGGGUUUCCAGAGCGCUGAAGCUGGCACCACUGUAGCUACAACAGAGUCUCCUAAUGUCUACAAACUUCUGACAUGGGGCUCUGUUAAGGAGUGCAUGGGAUUCCUGUUCCGACGCGCUGUAGAGAACACUGAGGCUGUCGGCCGGACAAAGCAGUCGCAACUUGCUAUGGCGCAGGAGUUGCAGAGACGUGCUAGAAAGGCACUAGGUUUCUAG